UUUGACCGUAAGACGAACACACGAAUGGCCAUAGACCAUUUAUGUGCCUUUUAAAAUCAGUCGCACGGUCAUUCCGUGAUACAAAGUCGUGUGAUAUACAGAGAGAAAAAGUUCUUUUGUUAAUCCGAUUGUAAUUACGAUGAAAUCUUUAUCUAUAUGGGCCUUGUUGGCCCUGUUUGUCUGCGUGCAGUCGCGUACUACACACGUUCAACAGCCAAUCACAGCACAGAUAACCUCACUAACAGACAAGGAUGCGCGUAGAAAGGCGAGUGUACAUGCAGCUUUUUCUAACGCUGGUAGACAAGCUGGUGUCGAAGUCUGGAGGAUUGUGGACUUCAACCCGGUUGCCGUAGCGCAAAAUGACAUCGGCAAAUUUAAUAAAGGAGAUUCUUAUAUUGUUCUUAAGACGACAGCCGACAAGAAGAACAAUCUGUCUUGGGAUAUUUAUUAUUGGAUCGGCAGUGAAUCCACUCAGGACGAGUCCGGUGCUGCUGCCAUCUUGACUGUAGGAUUGGAUGAUAAGUUCAACGGAGCUGCGAUACAGCAUAGAGAGACUUUAGGACAUGAGAGUCAGCAGUUCCUUUCUUUAUUCCGACCAGCUAUUAGGUACAUUGAUGGUGGAGCUGCGUCUGGCUUUAACCAUGUGGUCACCAACCCAGGUGCUGAAAAGCGAUUGUUCCACAUCAAGGGAAAGAAGAACAUACGUGUUAGACAAGUGGAUCCUCUUAUUGCAUCAAUGAAUAAAGGCGAUUGUUUCGUACUAGAUAUUGACAACGAUAUUUAUGUAUACGUUGGUGACAGUGCCAAUCAUAAAGAAAGACUAAAGGCGAUAUCAUUCGCUAACCAGGUCAGAGAUCAAGACCAUAAUGGUAGAGGCAAGGUUGAUAUUGUUGAUCAAUACUCAAGUGAUACAGACGUACAGAAGUACUUUACAGCUUUAGGUUCAGGAACUAGGGAUAUAGUUCCCGAAGCCAGUGCUGGUGGAGAUGAUCAGACUUUCGAAAGGAGUGAAGAAGAUGCAGUAAUUCUGUCCGAGAUAUCCGACAGUAAGGGAUCUUUGGUAGCAACACCUCUACGUAAGCCAUUCAGACAAGAAAAUUUGAAGCCACAGGAAGCUUAUAUCUUGGACACUGUAAGUGGCAGUAUUUAUGUAUGGUUGGGAAGACAGGCUACUAAAAGGGAAAAGACGGAAGCGAUGUCAAAGGCGCAACAGUUGUUGAGAUGCAAAAAUUAUCCUUCUUGGGUCCAAGUGACAAGGAUUCCCCAAGGCACAGAGCCAGCUGCAUUCAAACAGUACUUUGCGACAUGGCAGGACGUUGGCAUGUCCCACAGCCGACUAGUGAGAUCAGCUGACACAAAAACUACCACAAUGAGUGAAAACUGGAUCCAACCCAAACUCUACAAGGGUAUUGUGAAAUCAGAAACUUUAAUGCUAUUCGAGGAAAUACCUAAUUUCAAGCAAACUGAUUUAAGCCAAGAUUCAGUCUUUGUACUGGAUAUGGGAGAUGAAUUAUUUGUGUGGGUCGGAGAAGAUGUAUCAGAGUUGGAGAGAAAGGUGACAUUUAAUAUACAUGCGCAUCUUGUACCUUUGAAGUCUAAAUUUAGUAAGAAUUGGUAUGUUAUUAUGACAAAACAAGGACUCGAACCUGAAUCCUUUAAAAAGUCAUUUGGGAAAUGGCAACCGGAGUUACUACAGAAACUAAGAAAUAGUGAUGAUGAAGAAAAAUAUGAUGCUUUGAACUUCAAUGAAAUAGAUGAUUAGAAAUCUAAUAUAAUCUUUAGGAUCAGGAGCAGGGAAUAUUAAAAAAAACAAUCUCUUAUACACUACUAAAGUACUUUU